CACCUUCUCCGCCCUCCGCGGGCCAAAUUCAAAUCGCUGACACGGGCGGACGAGCAGCUUUCAGCCUAGCGAAGGGAGGGGAUGGCGCGCGUUUCGUCUGAACGGCGACCGCCGCGCCGCGCCCGAGAUUCCUCCUAAGCGGGGACGGAAGAAUGCUGUAAAGGUUGCCCAACCAACAAAGCCCUUAUUCUAUUUAAUUCAAACGAAUAUGAAUAAGAGAAAAGCUUGCAGUGGCAAAAUGAGUGCUGAAGACAAGGAAAAUAGGUCUUUUGAACCACAUGAAAACACAUUGAAAACUCCUCUGAAACAGGCAGCGACCUCCAAUUGGCUUUUGGCAGAGAUGCUGCCUCCUGCUUCUGGCCAUCUGACAACGCCACCCAAGCCUAAUGAAAUCUCUCCUGGAGACCCAUGGACACCGACGGCUAACUUGAAAAUGCUAAUCAGCGCAGCUAGUCCUGAGAUUAGAAAUCGAGAACAGGAAAAAAGAUUGUCAGACAGCAGAAAUGAAAUCCCUGAGGACCAUUUGUCAGGAGACGAAUAUGAAAAAUCUCAACCCAGCCGUAAAGAGAAAAGUCUAGGAUUGCUGUGUCACAAAUUUUUAGCUCGCUAUCCUAGUUAUCCCGACAUCUCUAAGAACAAUGAAAUUUGCCUUGAUGAAGUAGCAGAAGAGCUUAAUGUUGAACGCAGGCGCAUCUACGACAUAAUGAACGUACUAGAAAGUCUUCACAUGGUGAGCCGACUUGCCAAAAACAGGUAUUCUUGGCAUGGGCGUCAUAAUCUUAAGAAAACACUACAGAUUUUGAAAAAAGUGGCUGAGGAGAACAACUAUAGUCAGCAAAUUGAGCUGAUUAAAAGAAGACAAUAUGAAGAAGAGCCUGAAGGGGAUGACCAGAAGAUUCAGUCGGCAGCAAAGCAUGUUAGGCCAAAUGACCAUACAGACAUCUGCUUUGUGGAACUUCCUGGGAUGGAGUUUCGAGCAGCUUCAGUAAACAGUCGUAAAGACAAGUCUCUACGGGUGAUGAGUCAGAAAUUUGUGAUGCUGUUUCUUGUUUCAACCCCCCAAGUUGUGAAUCUUGAAGUCGCUGCUAAAAUUUUGAUUGGCGAAGACCAUGUUGAAUAUUUGGAUAAAAGCAAGUUUAAAACUAAAAUUCGAAGGCUGUAUGAUAUUGCUAAUGUUCUCAGUAGCCUUGAACUCAUUAGGAAGGUUCACGUUACAGAAGAGAAGGGUCGCAAACCAGCAUUUAAAUGGACAGGACCAGAUGUUUUUUCAGAGAUUCUGGCUGUGCAGCCUGUAUCUACACCCACUUCGAUUGCUUCAUCUCAUCCUGCGGAAGGGAAGUCUUCCAAAGAGCAUUGUUCCAAGAACCUCUUCCCUACGAGAAGCAAGCAAGGCUUCAUACGGCACCCAUCUUUAAUGAAAUUGGCAAAGGGUGUGCAAAGCAGUCAGAGGAAAAUUAGAUCUGCUCCAAGCAGCCCCGUCAAGAAAAAUGCAAGUCAAAUUCCACCAAGUUUUCCAAGCAAGAUGGCUCAACUUGCAACAAUAUGCAAACAGCAGCUGGAUGAACAGUCAAGGGAAUUCAAGAAGAGAAAAAUGAAAUUGGAACAUUCUACUUUGCCAUCCCCUCUAGGUCCACCACCUAAAACCCGUUUGAAGCCUAAACCCUUCUUGUUACCUUCUCAGGCUGAGAUCCUACCUCUGAUCCAAAACUCGGUACCUCCAGCAAUGCUACCUCUCCAUCCCAAUGUGCCCUAUGCAUUAUAUCUGCACCCUUCCCAAACACAGCUAGUGACGGCAUACAAUCCAAGUUUCACGGUGCGGCCUGUCCACUGUGCUAAUGUGGUUGGAAGUAAGUCUCCCACGGAGUCCAGUUCCCAAGUAGCCCCCUGUAAAAUAUUUAUUGAAGACAAUGGCAGCAAUGGAGAAGGAAGUGCUUCCUGUGCUAAAGGCCAGGACCUCUGGCUGGCGAAGGAGCAAGACGGUACAAAAGAUGACAUGGUGCCUGAGAGACGUUUUAAGAGACGUAGAAUGGAGGGUAGUCCAAUGAAAAAAUGUGCGAGUGAAGAAGUGGCGCUGCAUGAUGUGCUACUGGGAGUAUCUGUUGAGAGCAAAAAAUCCCGAUGUCCCAUAGCUUCGCGUCUUGACCAGGAAACCUUAACUUCAUCAGCUGUGAAACAAAGUAAAUAUGAAAAAACAGAUCAACACUUGGAGGGUCAACCUAAGCAGCAGAGGCAUGGGGAAUUUUUGGAACCCGACACCAUCACCACAAUGCAGGAGAUGCCCGCAACAUUUGCAAUCGCUACACACAAGACUUUGUUUCCUUCAGGAUACCUUAUACCUCUUCCUCACUGUACCAAGCUUGGUAAUGAGACCAUUUUUUCUAACAAGGAGAAAGCUGAGAUGUGUGCAGCAGAACAGAAGUCUUAUAGUUCUCCUGUUGCUGGUGGUAUUCCAGUGACCUCUGAAUUUGCUACCGUUAAUUUCCCUGCGCUUCAUAUAGCACCUGUGAACCUAAAGCUACCUGCAUCUUCUCUAGCUACUAUCCCUGUGGUGAAUGGCACUGCUAUGGCUUCAUACCAGGCUGACUCGAUCCAAGCCCCAAGCACUUCAGUUAUGAACUUUACACUACAACACUUGGGACUGAUUCCAGGCACUCUACAAAUGUCUGCAAAUCAGGCCACUGUUCCUGUUACAUCCAGCAUUCUGGAUAAUGACCAUGCCUUCCAAGCAUCAUGUGAGUCAGCUGUAGUUCCUGAGUUUUGUUCAUCCUUUCAUGAAUCAGAUAGAAUAUCUCAAGCAACAUUGGCAGUUCCACAAAGAGAACAUGAUGUUUCAACAGAAGAUAAAUUUUGAGUUGGUGUAAAAUAUUGUUGGACUCUUCCCCCAAACAGAUAUGAUUGAAACACUUAUUUCUGGUAUUAUAAAUGUGUACUCUGGAAAUAAUAUUUGAUCAUAAUAAUGAAUUCUUCAUGCUUGAAUAUCUUUUUAGUUACAGUUCUACUUGAUCAACUUUAUAUCUUUUUUAUAAUAAAAAAGUAAGGACACACACCAUUGUCUGUAAAAACACCACUUAAAGAAGCAAUUUGGAACAAUUCCAUUAAAUGUCUGACUUCAUAGUUGUGUGGAAUAAGAAAGCUCUUGUUCAUUAUUUGUAUAGAAACAUACUAAAUAUGUACCGGCACAUUGCAAGUACCAAGCAUGUAAUAUAUUGUAUUUUUUUUAAAACGAAACAAAACUAUAAGGGGGCACUUGUUACUUUAAGUUUACAUAACAUUUUAAUUUUGUGUGUUCUUUAAUACUGUUGCAAAGUUUUAAAAUCUUAAUCACGUCUGUGUAAAUUUUAAUGUUUAUUUAAGGGAUUAAUCAAUUUCUUCAAAUUAAAUUUUGUGUCAGUUUUCUAACUUU